CGUCCUUCGAGGUCGACGUCGUUAUGAUAUAAUGGAACUCACUGAAACCUCGGGGCUUUUGGCAAUGAACUCCCAAAACAGAGCAUCGCUCCGAGGACCUUUCUCCCACCGAAGAAAAACACCUUUGGCUGCAGUAACGCUAAGCGACACUUCUCUCCGCCCUACCGUGCUCGUCUCUGCCUAAUUCUGCCAAUCCGAAUGCAACAUGCUGUUCUGCGCGGCCGGCGUCAUCAACCUGCCCCUCGUCGUCGCUCUCUUGGCCUCCCGUGCCGCAGGUUCAACGACUGUCAAAGUAACUGUACCUGCGUCCGUCCCCCAUGGCGCCGCCAAUGUCUCUCGUUCUCUCAUUUCACUGUCGAUCGAGCAAGACAGGUGGAGGGACUGGAUCGGAUUUCCGUCAAGAAACGAUUUCUUCUUCAACACCCUUGACAACGUGGCCCAACUUGCAGGGCAACCUCCAUGGAUACGUCUUGGCGCCAAUAGCGAAGAUCACACCGUCUUCAACGAAGCGACUCAGUUUUCGGAAGCUAUUUUCCCCCCUCCUUCACUCGUUGAACCCUAUCCAGAAGCCACGCAGAUUACUGUCGGCAACGACUUCUAUAAAGCUGUCGCACAGUUGCCAUCAGGAACAAAUAUGAUCGUCGGCGUGAAUUUGGGCGCGAACAAUCCCGCCAAUGCCGUUACUGAGGCAUCAGCGAUUGAAGCCGCGUUUGCUUCUCUCCCAGCGUCAGGCGCGGAUGUCGAGCUUCAAUACAUUGAAGUCGGCAACGAAGCUGACCUGUACACCACGAACGGGCUCAGGCCCAAGUCGUUCAACGUCGCCCAAUACACGCAGCAGUGGGCAAGCGUCGCAGGUGCCGUGGCAAAUGCUCUUAGAUUAUCUCCAACGGGCAGCGGCCCCAAGUUUGUCGCGGGAGCGUUGGCGCAAUCUUCCCACAAGGAUACCACGUUUUCUCCACAAGCUAUCUUCUCUCACGGGCUUCUGAAGUCGGCGCCAGGAAAAAUCGUCCAGACAGUUUCGCAACAUCAUUACAGUGGUUCUUUCUGCGCGGGAAGUGGAGGGCUCCUCUCAGCACUGAUGAACAAGGCCACGAUCCGAUCAAAUUUGACCGUUUUCAAACCCGACAUUGCUGCGGUGCAUGCGAAAGGACUCAUUUACAUCCUGGGCGAGACGAAUUCCUACGCCUGCCACGGGGCUCCGGGCGUUUCAAACGUUGCUGGCGCCACUCUUUGGCUGCUGGACUAUGCUCUCCAUGCCAGCCAGAUCGGCAUUGAACGGCUCUUCUUCCAUAACGGCAUCGGGUUCAAGUACAACCUCAUACAACCUAUCGCACUCAAUCGUUCAAUACUGGAUGGCUCUGCCCUCGCACAACCGCUUGCACCACACGUGCAGCCAGCAUACUAUGGGAUGAUCAUCGCCGCCGAAGCCCUGGGCUCCUCUGGUCGCGUUCAAGUAGCCGAACUCGAUAUAUCCAACGCGGACGUUGCUGGCUACGCAUUUUACGAAGGCGGCAUUAUCAUGCGGGCGGUACUAAUCAACUCUCGCGCCUUUCUGAGCACCACUUCUUCGCGCAACACUGUUCAUGUCGAUCUGAAUCUGUCAUCUGCCAGUUUGAAUGGGACCAUGACUAUCAAGCGCUUGUCGAUUGGGCAUGCAGAUGACGAGAGCGGUCUGGCGUGGGGCGGUCAAACAUACGAGACGCCCGAUGGAAGAGUUUCCGGGGACGAGAUCAUGGAGCGCUCGACUAUUCGCGCAGGCGUGGAUGUACAAGACACGGAAAUUGUCCUCCUCAAUUUUGAUCGGUCAGCAAUGGUGGCCGGCGGUUCUGACUCCGGGGCGCUGGGGAAAGGGGUUUCGUCUCCGGCAAUGACAUCUGGAGCGGCAAUGCCGUCCGGGGCGGCUGGGUCGUCAGGACAAGGAGGUUCCUCUUCGUCAGGGAUGACUGGCUCGCUGGGGUCGAGCCGCUCUUCUGCGCACAGAGCUGCAUACAAUGGAUUGCUGCUGACAGCUCUGAUCGGCAUGAGCGUUGCACUAAUUCUUGGAUAG